AUGCUAAUAUGCAAUAGUAUCUCCAGCCUUGCAGCACUCACCACUGGCUCGGCGGGAACAACUCUCAUUGGACUUGAGUCUAUUCCCAUCCCUGCUACCAUAGCUGCCCCCUCCUGCCCUACUCCCCCUCUGCCUCCUCCUACUUCUGCUGGCGCUGCUGCUGCUGCCACUUCACCAGCAGUCGUUGCUGCUGCUGCUGCUGCUGCUGCUGCUGCUGCUGCUGCUGCUGCUGCUGCUGCUGGUCUUGUUUCCGUUGCAGCACUCUCGGUUCCCCCGGUUGCAUUCACAGUAGCAGGCGCAGCAGCAGGAGUGGCAUGGUCGGUGCCACUGUCAAACUUCUCCUCAAACCGGCUGGGGAUGCACAGGGACAGGACAGGCAAACGAGAGUGA